AAUCAAGUUAGUUAUAGAAGAAGAACAAGCUCAGGUGGUUCAAUUCAAGCAAAUGAUGGCAAAGCUAAAAGAAGAAUACCAUCAAAUUUAGAAAAAGACGAUUUAGGUGAAAUUAAAAUUUCAAAUUUUAUUAAUGGUUUUAUUAAUUCGCAAAAAAGUGAAGGCGAAGAAGAUAAUGAAAAUAAAUAGUUCAAUGAACACCACUAUACAAUCUAAUAAUAAUAAUAAUAUAGAUGCAUUUUUUAAUAAUGAAAAUGAAAACAAUUCAAAUUUUGAUGAAAAUUUUACACAACAAAUCGAUAUUGGUUUACUAGACUUUCCAUCGACACCAUCAUCAACACCAAAAAAGUCAAUGACCACAACAACAAAUAACAGUAAAACUCCAUCAAAACAAAACCCAAAAACACCAAAAUCAAUUUUAAAAACACCCUUACAUAAAAUGACACCUUCAAAAUGUUCAAAAGAUAGUUGUACAAAAUUAGAUAAUCAUAAUAAUAAAACACCAAAAUCAUCAUCAUCAUCAUCAAUCAAAAAACACC